GUACGGUAUGUAUACCCGUUGCUGAGGAUGCUUGGGCCCACCUUCGUUGCGAGUCUCAUCCUUUGGCCCUAGUGGCCACCACGACUACGUUUGUAAAUAGUCUCUCUUCUUCUGUCUCAUCUGAGCUCUGAGCUAUGGCCAAUGCAUCGAUCGUCUUCCCUCGUCCACCACCGACGUAUAACACGCUAAGCCAGGCGCAGCGCGCCCAGCUGCUGCGAUCCAGUGCGAAGCUGGGUCAGAUACUGGGGAGCACGCCGCACAUCCUGGACGACACUGACGCAUCUCCAAUUAGUCCGCCAACACGAAGUAGCAGCCUCAGAUCCACGCGGUCGCCGAGCGUCGCCUCGACCGCCUCGACAUCUUCGACACGAUCCGCCGAGUCCGGACACUCUGAGCGCUCAUGGCGCGCCCGCUUUCCUGCAUGCAAGCCCCCGCUCCUCCGCAUCGGGAAGGUCGCGCCGACGGCGCCAGCGCCGCAUCGAGGUGUACCACCGCAAGCGCACCAGGCUGUGCGCGCCCCGCCUGCAGGCUCCCCAGACAGCUCUCCGGGAAGCUCGCCGCGGGAGCCAACAUUCAGCAUUUCGAGCGAUACGACGCUAAAGCGGCAGAAGAUGCGUCGGAUCGCGAAGAAGCUCGGCGAGGGAGUGCCCGUGCACCUCGUCUUCCCGCCAACAGCCGAGUCAGACGAGGACGAGGUCUUCGUUGACAGCCCCAUGUCGACGUGUGCGCCCCACUACCGCUACCCGUCAGCGUCAGCGUCAGUGUCGUCAGCGUCGGAUAGGGGGAGCGAGGAAAGCGCGGACGAGACGCGCAGCUGGGAGGAGAAACACUUGCUCUGGGAGAAGCAAACCACACGGCGCUCAAAGUUUGCACGGGCGAGCACGGUUUUAAGUGGGCGAUAUGUUGUGCAUUACCACGACGAGGAUGGUGUGCACGGGCGUGGCGACGAGACGUUUGGUAUAUUACCGUGCGGGAAGUUUGCUGCCAUUCCAGAGGAAGAUGGUGGCAUCGGCUAUGCACUUUAGGUUUCGUGGUGUCUAGAGGAGUCGUGGCGCGCUCUGCUGUGCAAGCUGCUCCGAACUGUAUCUCGUUAAUUUUUCUCAUAUUUGUGCAUCAUUCGUACUGCAUCUCUCUUGUAUCCUUACAGCUUCAUUUGUAACACUUUAAUAUAUGCAUUCGACUCUUUAGUACCAC